AUGAACCUCAGUCAGGAGGUGGAAGAGUGCGGUUUCUUCGAAGGCUACACACUUCAACGAUUCCUCAUAAUCACUGCAUUUUCCAUGGUUUCUGUUUUUGGAAUUCUCGGCAACACGCUUUUGAUGGCUGUGUUCUGGAGAACUCUGCCGUCUUCUGUCUACUUGGCUUGUCUGGCAUCAAUGGAUAUGCUCAUUUGUCUCACAUAUCUACUACUAUUUGGUGUUGAUGCAGGUUUUGUUUACCUCAAAGAUAAGACGCUAUUUUUCCUUUAUCAUCGCUAUAUAGUCCCGAUAUUCUUCAUAGCAAAGACGGUUCAAUUUGCCAUACCAUUUUUGCUGAUUAUUAUAACUCUGGAAAGAUAUGUAUGGACAAGUAAAGAGAAGACACGGCAACUGUUUGCGCCUGUAUUUAGCAAUAAAGGGCGUUGUAUUACCGUAUCCAUACUUGUCAGCCUGAGUGUUCUGAUACGGCUACCUGUUCUUCUGGCAACAGAGGUAAUGGUUCCAGUUGUAUUAUAG